AAUCCCAAAGCUACUUUCUUUUUAAAUGAAGUCUCACUUCCAUCAUUUCUUUUGUGGGCUCUUCAUAAAAGCCGAUUCUUUCUUCUUGAAUCCUCCAUAUAAAUUUAGUGGCUCAUAUAUUUUCCCGAGAAAUAAAAAGAAAAAAGAAAAAAGAAAAAAAAGAAGCAAAGCUUUAAUUAGUUACUAUAAAUUCUCAUGUUAAACCCUCACUCAAUUCUUCUUCUUCUUCUUCGCAGCUAAAUCAUAGUCCGCAUAUUAUGUUAGCCCUUCAAAGCUCCGUCAAUAAUGGCGAAAACGACCCAAACCACGACCAACAUCACGAUCACGACGAUCAAGACGGUGAACGUAUCAGAGACAUCCAUGCUUUAACCCCACCACACCCUCCCGCCGUCAACGCCCGUCGUCGUUGGGAAACUGGAAGCAGCCGUGCAUCGUCAUCGAGCGAAGUAGCUCCGAGUGAAAACUUCACCACCAUGAGCCGAGAAUUCAAUGCUCUGGUCCUCGCCGGAUCUUCUAUAGAAAACAACGAUUCCGAUUCCGUACAUACUUUGAAUAACAAUCAGUUGACUAGGAUCGGUGAAGAUCAUGAACUGCAAGAGGAAACUAACCCUUUAGCUAUAGUACCCGAUAAUGGUCCGUACGAUCGAGAAUCAGAUCAGCCAAGAAGGGUAGAGUCGGGUGGGUUAGAAACGGCGGCGACUGCGGCGGUGGGGAGUGGUGGUAGUAGCGGCGGACAUGGGGAAGUCACGGUGCUGAGAGUGAAGAAAGAGGAGGUGGAAUCGAAAAUAUGUGCUUGGCAAAACGCGAAGAUUGCAAAGAUUAAUAAUAGGUUCAAGAGAGAAGAUGCUAUAAUUAAUGGGUGGGAAAGUGAGCAAGUACAAAAGGCUAGUUCUUGGAUGAAGAAAGUUGAGUGGAAGCUAGAGGAGAAAAGAGCAAAAGCCCUAGAAAAGAUGCAAAACGACGUCGCAAAAGCACACAGAAAAGCAGAAGAAAGAAGGGCAUCAGCUGAGUCCAAGAGAGGGACCAAAGUUGCAAAAAUCCUUGAAAUUGCCAAUUUAAUGAGAGCUGUUGGGAGACCACCUGCUAAACGGUCCUUCUUUUAAAAAAAAAAAAAAAACAACCCUUUAAUCUUCCCUUCAUAUAAUUCCCAUUAUAUAUGCAUACAUAUAUACACAUACACAUACAUAUAUAUGAAUGCAUGUGAGUACCUUCAUCUUUUCAAUUGUAGGGUACCCCUUUUAUGUAAGAGGGCAUGAAAUCAAGAGUUGCACCAAAUGAAAACUAUAUUAUGUGUACAUGCAUGUAUGUAUGUAUGUAUGGGUUCAUGUUUGAGUGUUUUGAAGUGUGAUGGGAUAAUAUUUGAGGAUUUUGUUAAUGGUGAUAUAUGGGGAUGGAACCCCUUUUUUUUAA